AUGGCCGAGAACAAGAAAAUACUUGUGGUAUUCGGAGCUACUGGUAUCCAAGGUGGCUCAGUGGCCAAGACCAUCUUGAGUGAUCCCAUUACCAGCCAACAGUUCUGUGUCCGUGCAGUAACCAGGGACCCUUCCAAACCAGCAGCAGUGGCCCUAAAAAGCCUGGGUGCCGACCUUGUGACGGCCGAUAUGGAGGAUAAAGGAUCUCUGCGUCUCGCAUUGAAAGAUGCAUAUGCUGUUUUUGCUGUCACCAAUUUCCUCGAGAAGAUGGACACUGUGGCUGAGACAAUACAAGGAAAGAAUGUUGCGGAUAUUGCCAAGGAAUUAAAUGUCGGGCACCUGAUAUGGAGCACUCUCCCAAACGUCACACAAGCCACAAACAACAAACUCACUGGCGUCUUACAUUUUGAUAGCAAGGCACUUGUUGCUGAUCACAUUCGUUCGCUAUCUAUACCAUAUACCUUCGUACAAGUUGGUACUUAUUCUGGGUUAUUGCUGGAUUUUCUCACCCCCCUACCAACAGGAUCUUACGGACUUUUGUGGCCAGAGCCAGCAAGUGCCAAGACGUACCUACCGGUUAUCGACCCAAGUGCUGAUCUCGGCAAAUUUAUUAAGGGCAUUCUCUUGAACCCCGCAAAGUCGAAAGGGCGUCUAUUCAAACUUGCCCAAAAACUCUACUCAUUGGAAGAAAUCGCGGAAACGUUGAGUCGCCUCGGUCUUGAUACUACCUUCCAACCCCUUGACAAAAAUACCUUUGUAUCGGGCCUUGUAUCUAAGGGGUUUCCGGAAUCGUUCCACGAGAGUAUGAUGCAGGUUAUGGAGUUUAUUGCAGAGUAUGAUCUCUUUACUCAUGGCGACAUUGAAGAAGGACACCAGUGUACUUAG